AUUCCAUAGCUACCACUUGAUGGAGAGUGUCAGUGUUCGAUUUUUCAUUGGUGUCAAGAUCGCCAAAUAUGGACGGACAUGGAAAUAUGCACGGACGGACACGGAACUAUGUGUACGGACGAACAUAGCAAUAUGUACGUGAAUGCAACUAAUGAGGUAGAUCACUAUACGAAUAUGACGUAUAGCCCAGGUAAGACGUAUAUAGGUCCGCCGAAAUCAUACUCCCCUCAGUAUCGCAAAAGUAUAUUGGUAGCACACACGUCGCCAGAGGAUGAGCGAUGCGGGCAAGCAUACGACGGAGCGGUCCAAAUUUCCUCUUCAAGAAGUGGUCUUGAAGGCAAUGCUUUGGAGUGUCCGGACGGCAACUUCUGGUCAACUCUACUGAAAACGUCUCAGAUCAGCAUCCAAAGACGAGACUUCAACAACAAUACAAAAAAGCGCGCUAGGAAAAAAGACAAAAAUAAUACAAAAAUCAUCAUACCGUGUGGGAAAAAUCUGCGCGAGUGUGGUGCUAAACCAAGGAAGAUUGCAUAUGAAUUACCUCCCCUGAAAGGCGCGCCUAGUGACGGUGAAAGCGCACAACGUUCUAAUGUAAAGGUCAGCGAAGUCGUGGUUGGUGCACACUGUUCCAAUAUCAUCACCCCGAGAGAAAAUAAGAAUCUGGAAUCGAGGCUGACAUAUUUAGAUAAAACAGAAUAUCGACCAGGUUUUAGAGCUGCAGCAAAGAAAAUACAACAAAAAAGCAAUUUAACCAAGAACACGUCAUUGUCCUUAAAACUACCAAAACUUGUUGAAAAUGAACUGAAAUCAAAAGAUUAUGACCAGAAAAAUGAGAAAAGUCUUUUCAAACUGCCGUCAAUAGUGGGUACGACAUGUUUGUUGGAUACAACAACAAAACAAAAUUCUCAAAAUACAAAAAGGCCGGAAGUAUCGGAAGACAGUGGCUCCACCACGUGUUCACUUGGAAAAGUAAAACUGCCACCUAUCGUUCCAUGCGUUAAAGAGGGAAAUAAGGAGAAUUGGAAGAAUAAGUACAGAGGAUAGUGAAAGAUUGAGUCAUAAGUGGAACGACAGAGAGAAGGAACAAUUGAAGGGCUGGGUAUGAAAUUAUGUUUCAGAUACUUUCAUUUAGUUCUUAAUAAUAGAAAUGCUGUAUUAAAAUCCAUCAGUUUUUUAAUAUCAUAUAUACGACUAAGAUCAGCAGUUUAGCUGCCGUCCUAUAACUCACCACAGAUUUGGACGAUACUCAGUAAUAAAUUCAUAUCAACGGUCAGAGGUCAAAGGUUGAAACUACAUUUAUAAGUGAUGGUAGUGGUGAAAAAUGAUAUUUACAGUUGUACUUAUUGAUAUUUUGUGUCAUUCAUGAUUGAUAAACAUGUAUGUAUACACGUAAGUGUAUGUGUAUUUACACGUGCGUGAACAAACGUAUAACGAUUAAUAUACACAGUGUAUAGUAAACCUACCCUGUCUGCUCCUAGAUGUACCACAGCGUUCCGAAAUAAUUGUGUGAAAUUGUAAGAGGGUAAUUAUACAUUGAAAAAAAAAAUCUUAUAUCAUCUACAUGUUGAUGUCAUAAUAAUAAAAUAACUGAAUAAUAUCAGUUCGUGGUUAUUUACAUUUGUUUAUAUCUAUUUUUACGUCAAGAUCUGUGUCGGGUUAUCAAUUAAUUAAUCCCCUCCGAUCGAACGGAGCAGUGGACUGAGAACCUUCCGGUCAAAGGUUCGAUCUCCAGGGGAGGUACAUUUCUUUUUGCUUUUUACUCGAUGGUACAAGAUGCAAAAUUCAUAACUAUUUGGACACAGCUUAAAAAUAAGUAUAUAAAAGAGUUUAAGU